GUUCAAGAUUACUGAUAAAGAUUUCCCUCCAUUUUAUAUAUAUAAAAAAACAAUGGUUACUUCAAACAAGCAAUUAAUAGCUUCUUCAGCUCUACUUGGCCUGCUGAUCAUUGCUACCCUUGAACUCACAGGAGCUCAAACUGGAGUAUGCUAUGGAAGACUUGGGAAUGUUCCAUCUCCAGCAACAGCUGUGUCCAUCUGCAACCAAAACAACAUCCGAAGAAUGCGAAUCUACGACCCGAACCGGGAAGUUCUUCAAGCCCUUGGAGGCUCAAACAUUGGAGUCAUCCUAGGAGUCCCCAACACCGAUCUCCAGAAUGUCGCAGCAAACCAAGCCAACGCCAAUAACUGGGUCCAAAACAACGUUAGAAACUACCCGAAUGUCCGGUUCAGGUACAUUGCGGUCGGUAACGAAGUUAGUCCGAUCACCGGAACAUCUCAGUACAAAGAUUUCGUCCUCCCCGCGAUGCGAAACAUCUUCAACGCCAUCUCCUCAGCUGGGCUCGGGAACCAGAUCAAAGUCUCCACUGCCAUCGAAACAGGGCUCGUUGUAAACGGAUAUCCUCCAUCCGCGGGCACCUUUUCGCCACAGGUCCAAUCGUUCAUCAAUCCGAUCGUUCAAUUCCUCGCGUCCAAUGGCGCGCCAUUGCUCGUGAACGUGUAUCCGUACUUCGCAUACAUUAACAAUCCCGGCAGCAUUAGUCUUGACUAUGCUCUGUUUAAUUCCGGCGUCACAACGCCUGAUGGCCCUUAUUCGAGCCUUUUCGACGCCCUGGUGGACGCGACGUACUCCGCGCUCGAGAAAGCCGGAGGAUCAUCCGUGCAAAUUGUUGUAUCGGAGAGUGGCUGGCCGUCUGCCGGAGGUCAGGCGACAACAGUGGACAAUGCCAGGACUUACAACAACAAUUUGAUCAGGCAUGUUAAUGGGAAUUCGGGGACUCCUAAGAGGCCAGGAAGAUCCAUUGAAACUUAUAUUUUUGAUUUCUUUGAUGAAGAUCAGAAGAGCCCUGAGUAUGAGAAGCAUUUUGGUGUCUUCCUGGCAAAUGGACAAAAGAAGUACCCAAUCAAUUUCUGAGUUAAUUAGCUUCAGAUUAAAUAAAGAUGCAUUUUAUAUGUAUCGGAUCACAUUUGUACUAAGCUAAUAAGGACUACAAGAUAACCAGGAGCUCUGCUUCUAGCCUGCAAAAAUAAUUGCAUAUGAUUUUCUGAUAAAUUGUGGGUUCUUGAGGUUAUUUAUUCUCUUAGAUUAUUUCUCCACUUAAAUAUUGAUACCACGUGUUAUAUUUUCUAUCAACCAAAAAAACUUGGAUGAACUGGCCAAGUUACACUAGCUAUUUAUAGGGUGUUGCUAAAUGCAGAUUGAUUUUACUUCGCGCAUCUUAUAAAAUAGACUAAAAUAUCUAGUGCAAGUUGAACGAAGUAAAAUCAAACUGUGCGAAAUAAAAUCAAGC